GAAACGAAAGGUCAGUUUCUCAUAGAUCAUAUCUGCAACUAUUACAGCUUGCUGGAAAAAGACUAUUUUGGCAUUCGAUAUGUUGACCUUGAGAAGCAGAGGCACUGGCUUGAGCCCAACAAGUCCAUCUUCAAGCAAAUGAAAUCUCAUCCACCAUAUACCAUGUGCUUUAGAGUGAAAUUCUACCCACAUGAACCCUUGAAGAUUAAAGAAGAGCUUACCAGAUACCUCUUAUAUCUACAAAUAAAAAGGGACAUUUUUCAUGGUCGUCUGCUGUGCCCUUUUUCUGAUGCUGCCUACCUGGGUGCCUGCAUUGUCCAAGCUGAGCUUGGUGAUUAUGAUCCUGAUGAACACCCAGAGAAUUACAUCAGCAACUUUAAGAUUUUUCCCAAGCAGUCACAAAAACUCGAAAAGAAAAUAACUGAAAUGCAUAAAAAUGAAUUCAGAGGUCAGAGCCCAGCUGUUGCUGAAUUUAACUUGCUCCUGAAAGCACAUUCUUUGGAAACUUAUGGUGUUGAUCCUCAUCCUUGCAAGGACUCGACAGGGACGACUACAUUUUUAGGAUUCACAGCUGCAGGAUUUGUAGUUUUCCAGGGGAAUAAAAUAAUUCAUUUGUUAAAAUGGUAUGAUGUCUAUAAAUUGAAAUUUGAAGGGAAGACUUUUUAUGUGUUUGGAGCUCAGAAAGAGAAAAAGGCUAUGCUGUCCUUCCAUACCUCUACACCAGCAGCUUGCAAGCAUCUUUGGAAGUGUGGGGUGGAGAACCAGGCUUUUUAUAAGUAUGCAAAAUCUAGUCAGAUCAAGACCAUGACCAGCAGCAAAAUAUUUUUCAAAGGCAGUAGAUUUCGAUAUAGUGGAAAAGUAGCCAAAGAGGUUGUGGAGGCAAGCUCUAAGAUCCUGAGGGAACCUCCUGAAGUUCACAGAACCAGCAUUAUCCAGAGUCACAGCUCUCCUUCCUUGAACAAGCAACUCAUAAUUAACAUGGAACCUCUGCAGCCCCUCCUUCCUUCCCUAUGUGAGGGGGAAGAGGUACCUUUAGAUGAAGGUAUCCAGUUGCCAAAGGAAGAUGAGAUCUUGGUCCCUGUGAUUUCCAGCUCCCCAGAUAAGGAGACUGGGCAGAAUGUUGAUCUCGCGAUUGAACAGGAAGAGAAAAUGAAAGAGGAACCUUUAACCAUCUCAGAACUGGUAUACAAUCCAAGUGCCAGCCUGCUGCCCACCCCAGUUGAUGAUGAGAUUGACAUGCUCUUUGAUACCUCUCCAAGAGCAGAGAAUGAGAAAGAUGAUACAGAUUCAUUUGAGGAACUGGAAGCAGAUGAAAAUGCAUUUUUGAUUGCAGAGGAGGAAGAACUGAAAGAAGCUCGGAGAGCACUUAAGUGGAGCUAUGACUUUCUAAUGGGCAACAUAGAGGUGAAUGCUUUUGUGAAGAGUUUCUCCAGACUUCUUCUUGUAGGCCUUGGACUGUUGUUGUUUGUGUUCCCUCUUCUCCUUGUUCUCUUGGAGUCGGACCUUCAAAUCUCUUUUCUCUAUGAAAUCCGUCAGACACCGGAGUUCCAGCAGUUUCAUAUUGAAUAUUACUGCCCACUUAGGCAGUGGGUGGCUUGCAAAAUAAACUUCAUUCAUGACAUGCUGGGCAGCUUUUAAAUUUUAAAUAAAUGUGAUACAACUAAGGGCUAUAUUCAAAAUUUCAGUUAGUGCCAGCUUUUUGUAAUGCCCCUGGGGUCACCAGUAGGUAGCUGUCUUCAUAUUCAGUUUGUUACAGACAUUCUUAAGUUUCCUUUACAUACUGAAAUAGCUGCUUUAGCUACAGGCUUAUACAGUCGCCUUUCAGUAACCAAAACAGAACUUUUACUUUCAUUGCAUUUCAGACUUCCUGCUCAUCUAUUACAUCAUACAAGAUGGAAUAACAGUAGGGUUCAUUAUUCAUAACUUAUAAUCCAUGACACUAAAUCUAAUGAAACUGAAAGAAAAAUAUUUUUGAAUAUACUCCUUAGUGCAGCAGUCUCUUCUAACCAAUGCCUAUACAAGCAAUGUUUAUGCUGGGUUUUUGGUUUUUGAUUUUUCUUUCUGUUUGUUUGGGUUUUUUUACAGUUUUAUGUGUUUAAAAUAUUUUGGUAAAUUUUUAGCAAAAGACAACUUCUGAUGUUAUUUAAAUGUACAGAUUGUUAAGAAUAAUGUACAAGGGCACUAGGGUAUUUUUAAUGUUUUAGCAGUGAUUUUUUUUUAAACUACUAACUGGAGAGUGAAUGGGUUUAAUAUAGCUAUACACAGAGGGGCUGUAGUUUGGGAAAUGUAUAGAAAGUUCACUCAAGUUCAGUAGGGGCUGCCUAGAUGAAAAGACACCAAGUACUCAAAAGAAUUUCUGAAUAGUACAGUUGUAAAGCUUGGGGAACUGAGCAGAACUGAAAGUAAUGAUCUUUCCUCUUCUGUGUCAGUUUGUCAUACACGUUAAUCAGUGCUGUAGAAAGUCUCUACAAGAUAGUCCAAGUACAUUUUGGAAGAGAGUGAGUCUUUGGUGUAAAUGUAGAUUACUGUACAUAAUGUGGAAAGAAGAUAAUAGUAAGUAGCAAAAAAACCAAAACCCUAGCUAAAUCAGUAGAUGAAUGGCCUACUUUUAAAAAUGGUAGAGAAGAAAAACAUAUUCCUCUUUUAAAAACAAAGCAUUAGAUUGUACAGUUGACAUGAAAGUAUUCUACUGAGUCACAGUUUAAGGAUUAAACACUGAGAUGUAUCUUCAUCCUUGAUGCCCUUUAGUACUAGUCUUUUAAGACUUAACAUAUUUUCUGUGUGUACUGAUGGGUCUUCCUUUUACACGUAGCAGCAUACUUAUCCUCUUUCCCAAUUAUUAUGAGCCUAGUUACAGGGUCUAGUGCUGUUUCACGUAACAUGGAUUUGUAUAUCUACAGUUAGUCCAGUAUUGCUUAGAGGAUAUACUUAUAUAAAAUCUUGUCCAUGGCUGAGAACAUUUGAAGGUUCCCAAAUGUACCAUAGAGGUUGUAUUUAAAAAGAGAAAAAUUUUAUUCUUUCCUUUCUCUGACCUUAGCACAGACAAAGCUCCUAUUUAAGCUAGGGAACUCUCAUUUCUGCCUCGGAGAUUUAUGAACUGGAGGCAUAUUUCAGGCUGUGUUGUUAGACCUGCAUUUAACAUAUUGUAACCACAUCUGUAAUUCCUACUGCAUAAAUUCUUCUUCUUUGCAAAUGUCUAGUUUGAAAAUGGCAAUUUCCUUACAGGAUUCCUCCUUUCCUUUUCUCCCCACAGUUUUUAAAGGACAAAGCAGUUGACAGCUCUUAGGAGUUUCUUUUCUCAAUUGAAAACUUAUGGAUUGCUCUUCAUUUCCCAACCAACAAAGGCUAAAUUGAACAAUUGUCUUUUUUUUUUCUUCUCAUCUUUAUUUCUCCUUGCCAAUCUGUUCCCCCCCCCAGAAGAAUCAUUAUUGAUUAGUUACUUGAUGUAUAUUUCAUGUUGUGCUACUUGCAGCUAAACGAUCCUUUCCCAUUAGGUAAUAAUCACUCAGCCUAAUAGAAAUGGAGAGUGAACUAAAGUAGACCUUUGAUCUUAUCAGGAAAUUAUUCACUUCUAUCAUUUCUAAACAAAGAUGUAAGAAAUGGUGUUUUGAGCGGUGAAGGCUGUGCGUGCUGGCAUUCUGCUGGACUAGAGACAAGGUUCCAUACAGGCUCCUAUUUAAGUCUGAUAAUUAUUUAAAAAAAAAAAAAAGUUAGGUCCUGUGUUCUAAAAUGUAGUCUUGUCCCUGUAAAUCCUAGCACUCCAGAAGUAGGAAUAUUGUUUUGUUUGAUUUAACUCUAUCAGAAAAUGGCUGAGUUGCAUGAGAAGGUAACCUUAGACAAUAUGCAGUGCAGUAAGAUUUUUUUUAUGUGCAGUUAAAUGCAAGAGCACAUGUGCUUGCCUUUACUAACCAUGUGCAUACAUUUAGGCCUGGCCUUUUAAAAGUCUUCCCAUCCUUCAUUAUAUAUUCUGGUCUAUCAAAGUAAUUUAAUUGAACGUCAUGACAGUUCAGUUCUAUAACUUAAAGCACCAGGACCACAUAAUACACACAAAUACAUAUGGUUGGGCAUAUUCAGACAGAGUAGCAAUCUUGUAUUUUAUUGGUAAGAAUGAUAGAGUUGGAUUAUGGAAAAUCUGUAGGUACAGUAUUGUGUAUUUCUGUCUGUGCUUGGAUUAUAUUGUAAAAUGUUAUGUACUUGAAAUCUAUUUUGUGGUUUGUCUAAUAUUUAUAAACACAACUCUGGGAAGAAUUAAAAAUGGUUUUAUUUCAUUGAAGACUGGAGGAAAAAUAUACCUGUAACUCGAGCCUUAUCUUUGUACAGUGAAUUUCACAUUUCUGUCAACAUUCUGAGUGUUUUGUUAUGUAUGUUGAUAUGAUGGCAGGAAUCCCUAAUAAAAAUACA